GGAGACGUGAUCGGAGUUAAAAUUUCAUUUUAACUACCACAAACGUUAAGGAAACAUAAUUGCUAUUUCUCAUACAUCUGUUCUGGAAAGUGGUGUAUAGGAAUUCUCGGCUGGCAUUUAGCACUCCCCUCCUCAGCAGAACAGCGUGUGUGAGAGAGAGUUGCAGGAAGGAGACGGGGUGACUUUUGGAGGUCAUGGCCAAUCGGGGAGGAGCAACACGCCCCAAUGGGCCCAACGCUGGCAAUAAGAUCUGCCAGUUUAAACUGGUCUUACUGGGCGAGUCAGCUGUGGGCAAGUCCAGCCUUGUGCUGCGCUUUGUCAAAGGACAGUUUCACGAGUUCCAGGAGAGCACAAUAGGAGCGGCCUUUCUGACACAGACGGUGUGUUUGGAUGACACGACGGUAAAGUUUGAGAUUUGGGACACGGCUGGGCAGGAGCGCUAUCACAGCCUCGCCCCCAUGUACUACAGAGGAGCUCAGGCCGCCAUCGUCGUCUAUGACAUCACCAAUGAGGAGUCUUUUGCGCGAGCGAAGAACUGGGUUAAAGAGCUACAGAGACAGGCCAGUCCCAAUAUCGUCAUUGCCUUGUCUGGGAAUAAGGCUGACUUGGCCAACAAGAGGGCUGUGGAAUUUCAGGAUGCCCAGUCUUAUGCAGAUGACAACAGUUUGCUCUUUAUGGAGACGUCAGCUAAGACUUCCAUGAAUGUGAAUGAGAUCUUCAUGGCAAUUGCAAAAAGAUUGCCCAAGAAUGAGCCACAGGCUGCCGGAGCAAACAGUGGGCGGAGUCGGGGUGUGGACCUGACAGAGACUGCCCCGCCCACCAAGGCACCUUGCUGCAGCAACUAAUGCUACUAACAUAAACAGUCCUGUCCCCAAACGCAAUCAUGGCAGUAGCUUAUGAGAUGCCCUUCCCUAAAGGCCGUUCCAGAAUGUUCUGAUCUACAUUGACAAAAGCUAUUCACCCUCCCCUCUUUUGCGUUUUGUAUUUUCAGUGUUAACACUGGUAUCCUCCCCUCUUUUCUAAUGGUUAUUCUGUUCCUUCUUUCUAAACUCUGUGGUCCUGUGGAACAUCUUAUCUUUUGUCCUUUGGCCGCACACACCCAAUGUGAAACCGUCACCUCAUGCUAGAGCUGACACUCUGGCGUGGAAUUAUGUAACUGAUCCUAGCCGAAGACUCUUUAGCCUUGUUUCUCAAUCAAAUUCACAUGAUCUUCUCUGUUUUGGGUUCUGCCUUUUUUCAUUUUUGUCUUUUUUAUGAUUUCAUUUUACUGAGAUGUGCUUUACAGAAUUAUGGAUGCAUGUAUCACUACAAAGCCUAAAGAUGAACCUUAUCCAGUGGCAUAGAUACAGUAGUAUGAGUGGAGGUGACGCUCAGCCUCGUCUGUUCCCUCGGCCUGUGUCACUGGAGCCACAUCUGCCUUUGGGUCUCAUAUGGCAGUGUGUGGUGGCUAACUGCUCACGCCCUCUGUUUUUAUUUGAACUCUACAGCUCAAUGGAAAUGACAUUGACACCUUAUGCUUACGUAUACAUAUAUAUGCACACAAAAAUGCUUUUUUUCCCCUCUCUGUCUCUCAUAUACAACCGCGACUCAGAGCUCUUACUGUUUUCUCACUAGAAUUCCAGAGCCUUAAGCCUUCUACUGCUUCCUCAGCAUAGCACUAUUGACUCUUUCUGUGUGUGUGUGCGUGUGCGCGUGUAUAUGCGUGUGUGCCUCUGCAUGUGCGAGUGAGUGUGUUUGGGGGGGGGUUUUAGUAAUUGCGUGUGCAUGAGAGUGUGAAAACCUUGUUUUUUUUCUGUCACACACACCGAUACCUUUUCUUUUUCCCCAUACUCGCCAUCUCUUGCACUCUAUCUCUCUCUCUCUCUCUCUCUCUCUCUGUCACUCACUCACACACACACGCACGCACGCAGAGUUCUGGUUUUAAUUCAUUCAGGUGUUUCUGUCCCCAUGCCUGACGCACUAAUUUUGAUCAUGGAUAUAUCUCUUCUCCAUACAGCCAGUGUGGUAUAAAUAUAUAAAUAUAAAUAUAUAAAUAUAUAUAAAUAAUUUACUGUAAAUAGGGUGUUGUAAUGUUGUCUACUUGUCUGUGUACUAUUGCAGGUCUAAUGCUUGAUAGAGACUUGUCUAGAUUAAAAGAGAAAUUGUACAGUAAACCAGAGGUGACCUCCUUAGGGACGCAGAAAUCUGUUAUGUUACCCUUCCUUUUUUUCACAAAUGGUUGAAUUAUAAUCAGUGGUGGUCUGUAUACAGUAAAUGUAUGUAGAAUAUUGUUAACAAACAGACUUGCAUUUCUCAGUGGUCUCUCUUGAACUUUCUCCUGUGAGCACUUGUUAUGUUUACAUUGUGGUUUAUGCCAGUGAUUUUGCCUUGUGUAGUGCUGAUUUUACUCAGUAAUAAUACCAGCCUCAAACUAACUCAAUGUACAUUACAUCAAGCAUUAGAAAACAUACAAGCAACUUUGUAUUUGUCCUGGCCAUGGAAUAUUGGAUUUUUGGGGGUGGGGGUAUGAAUAGAGGCAAGAGCAGACAAGAAACCCUUCAGCCACUGUACUUUUUGUUAAGGAUAUUUCAUGCAGUUAAUUAACAUAAAUGCAAGCUUUCAAAAAUACUUUUU